AUAAAAGGAGAAGCCUGGAGUAUUGCACUGGCAUUUACAGGAGGGUGCGGUACUUAAUGUUCAGGCAAAAUUCUUAAGCUAUUACAAAAUAUCACAUAUACAGUAGGUAUAAACUCCUGGAUGAAAGAAUGAUGCUAUUUUGCCAUGGAAAAAUCCGUCUUACAAAGUGAGAAGCAGAAUGAAUAAUCUGGAGCAGGUGUGUGAUGACUGAGAGUGUACCCACAAUGGAUAAUUCAGAGGAGGAGGAGGAGUUCUAUGAUGCACCAGAAGACUUCCCUGAGCCUCACUGUGAGCAAGGAGAACCUGCUGCAACUCCACAGUCUGACUAUGUUCCACCACCAGAAGUAACAGUUCUCUAUUCAGACAGUGAGACUGUUUCUCUUGGCUUGGCACCCACGGCUUCCUCUGUUAGGUAUAAACUUCACAUAGAUUACUCCUGUGACACACAGAGAGGGUGUGUGAUCAGGGAAGACUCCAGCACUGUAGAGGUUGAGGGACUGACUCCUGGAACUGAGUACACUUUCAGCAUCACAAGAAGAGCAGCAAAUGGAAAUAAAAGCAAAGCAACCUCUGUAUCUGUCUUUACAGAGCCUGUCCCUCCUGAGAGCAUAACUGUCUCUGAAGUCAGCAGUGAGUCACUGUCUGUGCAAUGGGAGACUCCUGCUGGUGAAGUAGAGAGUUACAUUGUGACCUGUUGCAGUGAGGGAGAAAUAGUGCAAGAGCUGACUACAAACAAAAACAGAGUUACCUUCAGCAGCCUGAGGCCAGGGGUGUGUUACUGCCUCCAUGUUUCUGCACAACUGAAGAAUGAAAGAAUAAGCAAGCCAACUGUAACAACUGCCAAAACAAAGACACACCUGGAGAGCUUACUUAAGGAUCUGGGAUUGGAGCAGCACUACAGAGAGAAGCUAUCACUGAGCAAAAUACUUCAGAUUGAUGAGAAGACCAUCACUGAUGAACCUGCCAAGUGUAAUUCAGAUCUUCCAUGGUAUUUUCUGAAGAAGUUAAUGAUGGUUAACGUGACAGCUAGGAAUGUUAAAUGUACUUCCGAUUGUGAAUCUGACGGUGAUGCUGUGGCAGGGAAUACAAAGUUAAAUCUUAAGAAUCUGCUUGACAGUCUAAAUUCAGGUGACAUGCUAAACCCCCUCGACAUAAUCACUGCUCUUUUUCUGUGUUCUGAUGGUUUUGUACAGCAGGAACUGGCACUCAAAAUGUCUAUGUGUCAGUUUUCCGUGCCUCUGCUGCUUCCCAACUGUGACACACAACAGUGUACACUCAUGCUUUGGGCGAUGAGAGACAUUGUUAAAAAGUACAGACCUGAGUCACUUUCACAAUCCAAGGGCUUUAUAGAAGACAGAAUUGUUCUCUCUGAACUUCCAUUGAUAUCUUUUGUGAGACUGGGGGAAUGCUCCUUGUCCAAGUCAGAGAUUCUCAAUAAGCUUCUGAGCAAUUCUCAGCAGUACCAUGACACUUUUGUUCACCAUGACAUGGAGUGUGGCGACAGUCAGAGGAGAAUAUGUGAUGGACUGACUGAAAUUACUUGGUACCUUCCUUGUGGAAACAAAAACAUGGACAUUUUCAGUGAGCCAGUAGCUGUAGCUAAUCUCCGUGGGGACAUUGUUUCAUUUGAAACACAGUUUUCUUUUUUGUGUCAAACAUCUACGGCAGUUUUUGUGUUCUUUGACAAUCUCAACUCUGGGUGCAGGCUACUGACUAACCAACACUACAAGGCACAGAUCUUUUUGGUGGGUAACCAUCAAAGCAAGACCUUCAGUCUGGAUGCUUUGGAAGAAGUUGCAACCAUGUUAGGCUUGACUAACAGUAACAUUAUUUUGAAGAGUAAGCAUAUGAAUGAUGCUGACUUUGUCAAAGUUUUGAGGAAAACAGUCAGUGAUAUAUUUGAGAACCCAAAGAUGAAGAUGAGCAUAGAGCAGAUGGCUGGCAUUGCCCAUGAACUUGGUAUCUUGGUGGAUGAAGACUGUCCAGAGUGCAAGACUGCCAAGAAAAAUGCAGAUGCCAUCACUGCAGAAAUUCAACACACCCUUAAAUACAAAGAAGCUCAGCUUCCCCUGCAAGGCCAAAUAUGGAAGGAAUUGACGAGCUUAGAGAAGGAAGAAUGUAGGUUACGAAAAGUUGGUUCUGAAAACAUAGAAACAUACAAAAGUGAACUUCAGAUACAGAAAGAAAAACUUCGGAACAAACAGAACUCUUAUGACAUUUCAAAUGCAAUGACAUGCUUCAUCAAUUCAAUAUCAAGCCCAGUGACAGAGAGGUGUUAUUUCCUGAGAUGGAUGCGAUUGAACCUCGAUAAUCUGUCUCGAGAAAAACUGUCUGACCUCAGAGAGCAGUACAAAAAGAAAUGCAGAAAUUCUGAGAACAAAGAUGAGCUUAAAGACAUUGAUAGAGAACUUUCCAACAGUUCACUGGGGACUGAACAUUUCUUCCGUGAAAUGGGUCAGAUCUAUGAAGCUUCAGUUGCCCUUCCAGAAACACACCCGUCACGUCAACAGUUACAGCAUCUGCCCAAACUCUGUGCAGGAUUAUUGCUUGAUGGAUUUCCUCUUGAGCUUGUAGAUGGAGAUGCAUCCAACAUUCCUCUCAGAUGGGUGAGUGAUGUUCUCUCUCAGCUCAAUGACUUGGUGUCUCCUAAGAACAAGAUACUGGUUGUCACAGUUCUUGGAGUUCAGAGCACAGGAAAGUCAACUCUUCUUAACACCAUGUUUGGAGUACAGUUUGCAGUCAGCAGUGGGCGAUGCACUCGAGGUGCUUUUAUGUUGCUCAUCAGAAUCAAUGAUGAAGUUAAAAAAGUACUCAACUGUGACUUUGUCGUGAUCAUUGACACUGAAGGCUUAAAAUCACCAGAGCUUGCACAACUGGAUGACAGCCAUGAGCAUGACAACGAGCUUGCAACGCUUGUCGUGGGGCUGAGUGAUAUCACCAUCAUCAAUAUUGCAAUGGAGAAUUCAACAGAAAUGAAGGACAUCCUACAGAUAGUUGUGCAUGCUUUUCUCAGGAUGAAAGAGGUGGGCAAAAAGCCUAAAUGUCAGUUUGUUCACCAGAAUGUGUCAGAUGUUUCAGCCCAUGAGAAGAACUUAAGAGACAGAAAACUGCUCUUGCAGCAGUUAAAUGAGAUGACACAGGCAGCAGCCAAAAUGGAAAAGAAAGAGGAGAACAAGAGCUUCACGGAUGUGAUGGAGUACAGUCCAGACACUGGGAACUGGUACAUUCCUGGACUGUGGAAUGGAAACCCACCAAUGGCACCAGUCAAUGCAGGGUACAGCGAAGCUGUAUAUGAGCUCAAGAAAAACAUCAUCCAACUACUGGGAAAUUGUGGGUCAUCUGCUAACAAUAUCUUGGAGUUUAAAGAAUGGAUCUCAAGUCUGUGGAAUGCAGUAAAGCAUGAAAACUUCAUCUUCAGCUUCAGAAACAGUCUAGUGGCUGAUGCAUACAUGAGGCUGUGCACAGAAUUCAACAAAUGGGAAUGGGAAUUCAAAAAAUACAUGUACACAUGGGUUACAAAUGCUGAAACAAGAAUUUCAAAUUUUGGCACAGUUUCUGUGAAAUCUGAAAUAGCUGACUUGAAAGAACUUGUAAUGUGUUUGAAAAGUGAAGCUUCCACAGUGUUGUCUAAAUGGGAGACAAAACUUCUUGAAAAUCUGACAAAGUACUUCAAGCAAACAGAAGGUCAUGUCUAUCUAGUGGAAGCAUACAAAGAGGACUUUGCAAACAGUGCAAAGAGCCUUCGACGAGAAAUGGAGAGCUCUGUGUUCCAUCAGCUCACAGCAGCAGCAGAAAUCAAACAAGGAAUGACAGAACUUGACAAAAUCAAGGAAAAUCACACAAAAGAAAUCGAAAAGGCAGUGUGUGCACUGAUUGAUGAGUGUCGAAAGAAGAAUGUCCAGAUGGGAGAUAAAGAGCUGGACAAAAAAUUUGAUAAGGUGUGGAAUGAAACGGUGAAGAAACUCUCUUUUUCUGAACAAAAGGCAACAGAUGUCUUUGCCAGUGUAUCUCACUACCUGAGAAUGAAUCUGUCCCACAAGGGGAGUCAUGUAUGUGAAUUGUUGAAUAAAAAAAGCCCGAAAGACUGUGGAUUAAUGCCUUUCAAAUGCACAGUUCAAGGACUGUGGAACCAAGCUAAACAACAAGCAAGCAAGUGGCUACCCAUUCAAGAUCCUACAGUUGUGAUACAAGAAUUAGCUGACAGCAUCAUAGAUAAUUGCACUCAGUUUGUGAUUGAAAAAGUUGAGAGAAAAAACAAUUACUCUGACACUUACAUCCAGGAGAUCCUACACAUGAUUGAUGAGAGGCUGGAAAACAAUCGGGAUCUUAAGACAGAUAUCAAGUUUGAGGUUUCUCUAAAACAGCACAUCUGCGGGGUCGCAGCCAGAUACUUCCAGAAAAUGCAUGAAGAUUUCCUACAUGUGAAUGAUCCUUACAGAUGUCUGAAUCAAAACAAAGAAAAUUUUCGUACUGAUUUUAAAGAUGUGUUCAAUGAACGAGACCAAUGCCAGAAGAAGGCAGAAGAAUUCACCAACAGAUGCUUGAAGCCUGCAGUCAAAGACUUUGUCAACCGUUCCCUGGGUCCCGUUAUCAUUGAUGAAAUGCUAACACAGCAGCAGUUCAGCACAAGAAUAUCUUUCCAAUAUUCAGUUUUACUGGAUUUGCUUUCAAAGGAUGACUUUGAAAACUAUUUGAGCUACAUUUGCUCUUAUGAAAAAUAUGUAAAGGAGUGGACACUUGAGCAAAUAGUGAAUCACUUCUCAAAUGGUUCUAAGAUGUUUGAGUUUGAGGUUCAACAUCUCCAGUCAAGUAUCAACAGCAUAAAUGAUGCUAUCAACAAAGCCAAAAUGAAAAGGAGUGGCAACUUGAAGACAUUUGUUGAACAUGUCUGUCAGGAACUUGGGGAUAAACUGGUCAUUUCCCAGGAUGCUCUUGGUGCUUUCAUGAUCCUGAACAAUGCAGACCAGGAACAGUUUGCUCACUGGUUCAAAGAGUGUGUGGAUGAGAUGGAACAAAGUCUUAGAGAAGAGUUUGAAAAAUCAAACACUGAAAUGAAACUAAAACAUCUUCACGUGAAGCCUCAGAAUGAGCUCUUCACCAGAGUGAUUGGAUGUGGUAAACAGUGUCCCUUCUGUGCAGUGCCCUGUGAGGCAGGAGGAAAAGCCCAUACUGAGCACUGGGCUUCACUGCAUCGUUCAAAUGGUCUUGGUAGAUACAGGUUUAAUGAUUCAGACAAACUUGUCACAGAUGUAUGCACCUCUCUUGUGAUUAGUGAAAAGCACUUUCGCUGCUUUGCAACAGGGUUUACAUGGAAACCUUACAAGCAUUACAAAGACAUUUUCCCAACCUGGAGAAUUCAUCCAGAUGGAAGCCUUGAGGCAUCAGACUACUGGAAAUAUGUGAUGGUAAGAUUCAACAAGAAAUUUGCCAAACAAUAUGAUGCAAAGCCUGCUGAUAUUCCUUCAACUUGGAAAAAAAUUACACAAGAGCAAGCAAAAGUGAGCCUCAAAGAGUCAUUUAACAUUAAGUAAGUCUUUUUGUCAGAAAAUACUGCCAAUACUGCACUGACACUGUGAUUUUGGAUUUCAGCCAGGUAAUUGGAGAUUAGUUUCAACUGGUGAUAAAAAUUAAGAAUUGUAUCACAACUAAUAUUUUCUUCUCAUUUAUUUUGAGUGUGCAAAUGUAUAUGUCCUCCUGUUAUGGAUGUUUUGAUGUUAAUUUCUCACAUUACAUAAAGGCGAAUCACCACUUAUAACAUUAUGUAUAGAACAUGGCAAGACAAGAGAUACAGUACUCAGAAACAUUUUACCAUAACAGCUUACAUCAGAAAUAUAACUGAAAGCCACUGCAAAAUGUGGUCACUGCUACCCAAGAUUACUUUUCAUUCUUGUUUGUGAUGUGUUCUAUUACUAAUGAAUGUUUUGUUGAUGUGUUACACUUUAAAAUGCAUUUUGUGACUACAAAUCAAUGUACAUGUUAGAAGCACCUGUUAGAGACAGGCAAAAUAUUAACAUUUUUUUAAAUGUGUCUUUUAUAGUAUAUAAUACAUUUUCUAGUAUUUGGAAAUGUAAAUGAAAUCAAUAUGAUUAAGAAGUGAGGGGCAUUUUCAGAAUCUUCAAAAUCACUUUAAGUGAUAUUGUCAACAUAUAUACAUGUCUGACUUCAGAUAACUGAUUCAAUAAAGAAACAAAAUCAGCA